GGCAAAGACAUGCAUCUAUGAUGAUGACACAUUUUACAGGAAAGCAUACAGUUAGUUGGCAAAUCUCAUAAAGAAUAAUACUUAUCUUGCAGUAGUGUUUCACAGAGUGGCUAGUUUAUUCUGUGAUUCAUUCUAUGAUGUCCAUGUGGCAAGAGCUUAGAGGGAUGAAGUAAUUGGGAGGAUUUGUAUUAACGUAUUGCUAUUGCAAUUUAGCAACUGGAAUGUGUAAGAGACUUUACAAACAGCUGGUUUCUACAGACCACCAAAAAGUAUUCUUAGACACAAACUACCUUGUGUGUCACCAUUUUAAAAUCUGACUUCUAGUACAUUUUCUUUAUGCAGUUGUAUAAAGGUCUAUCACUGUAUUGACAUAAAUCCUCUUAAUUUGUAGUGGUUACACAUGGAGCACGAGCUAAGCUUGAGGAAACUAGUUGAGGGUUCAGAGUAUCAGGAACAACUGAACUACGACUUCAAUAUAAAAGGGGAAUUGAGGCAUCUGGACACCAAUGAGUCCUUUGUUUUCAAUUAUUACAAGAAUGCACACGAGAGGAAUCAUAAACGCUAUCAAGUAUUGGGACAUCUGCUUACCCAAUAUGUUUAUGAGCUCCUGGAAAGAGUCUGCAUGCUGCAGAAAGUCUAUAUUCCUACUGAUGCUACAGAGGAUGAACCAAGAAGUUUCUUUUUCAUGAGUGAGAAAGCACUAACAAAUACCUCUAGCCUCAUUGUCCUUCUUCAAGACCGUGGGGUGUUUCGCGCUGGACAGUGGGGUCAAAAGACCACUAUCAGUGAGGGCCUGGACCAUGGAACGCAAAUACCGUUCAUCAAAAUGGCCCUUCAAAGCCAAGGGGAAGUGAUUGUACUGAAUCCUAAUGACAACCUCAUGGAUCUGAAGACAGAAAAGGAGAGGUUAAGCAUUGCUACCAGGGAAGAAUCAUCAUCUUCUAUGCAGUCCCCAUGGUCGAUCCCCAAGAGGUGCAGCAGUAGCCCUGAGGAGCAUACCAUGUAUGUAUGGGAUCAAUUUAUUUCAAAGAGUGCAGCCAAGAAUGUGGCCUUCAUUGCCCAUGGCUAUGGUGGCUUGGUGUUCAUUGAUCUGCUCAUGCAGAGAAGAUGGGAGGUAAUGAAUAAAGUGUACUCUGUGGCGUUCAUCGACUCCAUGCACAACACACAGCACCAGACUAGAAGCGAUCCACAAAUACAAGAAUGGAUACACAAAUAUUGCCGCGAGUGGGUAUCAAACAGUAAGCCUCUAGAUAAACCCGUGGGUUCCCUUGUGAAAGUGAAUUGUCCUACUGUCUCUGCUGGAACUGAGAAGUAUGGCUUAGCACCUUCCUACUGCUUACAUGCCAUCUUUAAAUACCUGAAGAGUGCACUGAAGGCCAAGACUGCAACAGCCUUUACACGUUCACCUAUCGCAACCCGAAGCAGCACAAGUAAGAAGAAAGAUAAUAAAUAAAAGCAUACUGAUGUGUUUUU